AUGACGCUCCCCAAGUACGCUCUCAACUAUCAGAACUGCGAUCUGACAGAGCUUCGCAAGUUCUAUAUUCAGCGACAUGCUCUCACCGACAUCAGCGGCAUUGCAGUCCACGACCUUACGAAGGGCGAACUCAUUGCGGCUCUGGAGUCUCUGGACCACACCUCGACCUUCCAUUUCCUCGACCUCGCUCCAGAGUUGCGGCUGAUGGUGUAUCCUCACCUGCUCUCACACCACUACAAUCAGACUCUUGAACUUGGACCUCCCUCACCCGCUUCCGCAUUCCCUGAGAUUCUGAGGGCCUCCAAGCUCUGCUAUAAAGAAGCGCGGGAUAUUCUGUACGAACAGAGCAGUCUCACUCUCUAUUUCUUCGGCGAGGAGGAGUGGUCGGGCGAGCCACUGGAAGUCCAAGGGGAUGUCAAGUUCAGGGAUUACGGAGAAGUGCCGGACCCUCAUGGUCUCUCCAGUCGGCUCACUCCAUUCGCCGAUGUGCAGUACGUCAAUAUCCUGAUUGUGGACUUCGACAAUCCUACAAAUCCAGGUCCGAGUACCGGAGUUGCGUAUCUCUUUGCCGCAAUUGUCUCCACCUUCCGUGCUGGCAAUUCUCUCAAGGCGAUGGUCAUCAAGUUCAAGUCCCAUCACUUCGAUGGCUUGGAGGAAGUAGGGAAUGCCUCUCCCGGCGUGGAUGGCAUCGCCACCUCAGACGAUGUGGAGGAUUUCGACAAGACAUUUCGGACGCUGUUGAGGCUGCAGAAGCUGCCAGCUACCAUUCGUCUGGAACUUGUGGACUUUCGCAAAGCUACUUCAUCGGCUUUGCGAGGCUUGCUAAAGGAGAUGGAGGGGCUGAGGUUAUGA